CAUGUCUCUGAGCUCAGUGCUGUUUACUCUGUGUGCAGCAGCGGUUCCUUCCAUCAUGGACUCCGACAAGACCUGAACCAGAAGCUUUAAUGCGUUUCUAAUGUGAGCCAGGAGAGAGCAAGGAGACCAGCGAACAAGGAGAGAAGAAGAUACCGAAGUUUUAGCGGGCUGUAAAGUUUACCUUGUGACUUCAGACGACUUUUCUUUGGCGACGCCAGCGCUUUCCAAGCAUUGGGUUUGAUCAUCUGCUGGCUUCACUGAGAAGUUACCACUAUGGACCUGGUCCUCAGCAGCCCUGGCACACCCAACCAGUCGGCGUUCAUCGCCAUCUUUAACUCCAGCUGCCGCUUUGAUGAAGAGUUCAAAUACAUCCUGCUGCCGGUGUCCUACAGUCUGGUAUUUGUGGUCGGCUUCGUGCUCAAUGCUGCCGCUCUGUGGCUCUUCAUGAAGAUGCGUCCAUGGAACCCGAGCACUGUGUUCAUGUUCCACCUCGCUCUCUCUGACUUCCUGUAUGUCCUGUCCCUGCCAACCCUCAUCUACUAUUACGCCAACCGCAGCCACUGGCCCUUCGGCGUGGCUCUUUGCAAAGCAGUGCGCUUCCUCUUCUAUGCCAACCUUUACUGCAGCAUCCUCUUCCUCACCUGUAUCAGCGUGCACCGCUACCUGGGCAUCUGCCACCCCAUCAAGGCGCUGACCUUAGUCAAGUCCCGCCACGCCCACCUAGUGUGCGGGAUGGUGUGGGUGGUGGUGAGCAUCUGCCUGGUGCCGAACCUCAUCUUUGUCACCACGUCAAGGCGGGACAACGACACUCUGUGCCACGACACGACCAGCCAGGACUCGUUUGAGGAGUAUGUGGACUACAGCUCUGUUGUCAUGGUGCUCCUGUUUGGCGUUCCUUUCGUGGUCAUCAUGGUGUGUUACUGCUUAAUGGCCCGGACCCUGUGCCAACCCAGACAUGGCUUAUCUCCAGGCCAACGGGGCCACGCCUCACGCCAGAAAUCCAUCAAGCUCAUCAUCGUCGUAUUGGUGGUGUUCGCUGUGAGCUUUGUCCCGUUUCACAUCACAAGGACUCUCUACUACACCGCCCGCGUGUUAGAUCUCAACUGUGAAUUCCUAAACAUCGUAAACUUUACAUACAAGAUCACCAGACCGCUGGCGAGCAUCAACAGCUGCAUUGAUCCAAUUCUUUAUUUCCUGGCUGGGGAUCACUACAGAUCCAAAAUGUUGUAUGUUCUGACUGGAAAGAGGCAGACGACAAGCAGUCAAAUACCAGAACAGGCACCAACACAACCAAACAAUAAUGACAACAUCGCUCUGGUGUAUAAAAACACAGCCACUAAAGAAACAGGAGAGAUCCAGAGAUAGGGGGAAUAGUAAUACACAUGAAUGGACUAAAUCUACCCUGGUUAAGCUAUAAAAAGUAAUGCAGGAGGAAGAAACACUUGUUAAUUUCCUUUUUUUUGCACUGAGACAUUUAUACUGUAACAUUUACUUACAGUGUAUGAUUGUACCCUGUUAAAUCUGUAAUUUUGGCCUGUAAGAGCCCCAUGUUUUGAUUGCCUGCACUCUCUUGACGUUCAAAAGAUGUAACUAGGAGGGAUUUAAUCAAAGAGUCCCUAGUGUCUCUCUAUGGUGCGUCUACAGUAGAGGAGUAUCCUGCUUUGUUUUGGAAACAGCAGCUGGGUCACUGAUGGCCACGGCGGCCCUGAAGUUUGCUUUGAAAAACUAAGUUUGUGUGUGUGAACAAGGAGAUAGCACAAGCACUGAUGUAAAAUUCAUAUAUGACCAAAGACGUCAAUUUGUCUGGCUGUUGUUUUAGGAAUUAAGCAAUCCUUCCUGUUUGAUCAAUAUUGUCUGUAUGUUACCAAGAAACCAAAGAUUCUGAUUCCAGCUGUUUUUGUCCUUCAGUUUUGCAGCUGUCUCUCUCUCUCGCUCCUCUAUGAAGCAAUAACAGAGAGAGUGGUCUGUGCGAGCGAUAUCAUUUCAUAUCACCCACACUUCAUUAGAAGGAUAAGGGAUUUUCCUUUUCAUUCCUUUACCUUUGGGAUUGAAGGCUUUUUUUCUACCAGCAAUCUAGGCUUUUAUACUUUAACACAAUGUGAAAGCAGUGUUGGAAAGUUUAACCUCAUGCCCCCACCCUUGUUUAUAAUGUUGUUGUGUUAACCUUUGAUAGAGCCGAUUUUUUUUCUUUUUACUGCUCUGGGUUGUAAUUUUCUCAUGAUACAAAGUCAGUGCUUCAUUUUUAUGGACAAUUUUUUUUUUAACAGCUUGAUUUGUAUUAUACUGCGUGACUCUGGGAGCUAGUGCCUUUUGCUUAAUGCUACAAUUGGGGGCGUGUCUGUUUGUCUGUAUUGAUUUGUAUGCCACACUGUUGCUCCAGUUUUCCUCAGUACCUCUCUGAAGACUUUUUGGGUGUAGUGGUUCAAAACUGGUGCCAUGAAACAACCAUAAAUAUGUACAGAUUUUCUAUAAAAUCCCAAAAUGUGCACCAAGUCAUCAUUCGGGAACUUCUGCUGCGUUCCAUUUAUGUCACAUGGCCAUGGGUCAUGUGAUGCUUGGUGAAAAAAAAAAAAAAAUGUGUGCACUUAAACUUUGAAAAUAAGUCAAACGGUGCAGCUUUAAUGCUCCCCUCUUUAGUCUUGACAGAGACUCUGGGGGCCAGAAUUUCAAAUAAACAAAACUUAAUAUUUUGGUCUGAUUAACAUAUUACUGUAUUAGUAUUUGUAUUUGCUUUCAAAAUGCAGGAAAUUUUUGGGCAUUACCAGUGAGAUCUAUCCCUAUUAUCUAUAAUGCAACAGGCCACGAGGAGACACUGAGACUACCCCUUUUCACUAUUUCAUUCAGCCAUUUCUGCAUUUUUGGCCACUCUUCACCCAUUGUUUAAAUCAUUUUUGCCCCUUUUAAACCAACCUUUUCCACUUUUUCCCGAACUUUUCCACUAUUUAACCCCUUUUUGCAACUUACCUGCCAAUUAUUUCCAUGUGCCACUCUUUAAUCCCUUUUAACUACAUUGAAGGGUAUUUUUUCUAUAUUUUUGCCACUCUUAACCCAUUUUCCUGCAUGUUUUAUCCCUUUAUGCCAAUCUUUUAUCACUUUUAUCCCAUUGUUGAUACCUUUACCCAUUUUUGGCAUGUUUUAACCUCUUUUCACCACUUUUCCUGGCAGUUUUUUGUCUCUUUGUGCCACUCCACAACCCAUUUUAUCGCUUAUCAACCAAUUUUGCCACUCUCUGACCCCUUUUCCUCACUUGAUCACCACCAUUCUUGCAACAUUUUAUUUUUCAUUGUCUUACCCAUUAAAAAAAAUGUAGUAAUAAUGGCUGACAAUUGAAUUUUUGUAAAAACAGAUUAAAUGUUAAUUCAUUUUCAAACUUCAAUAUUAAUUAUUUUCUGGGGUAGAUUUAACAGCUGCAGACAUUUAAAGCCAAAACAUACUCAUAAAACCACAACGUCUUUUUCUCCUUUUCUGAAAUGAAUGAUCUUCUGGACAGGAAGCUUUCAGGGGCCUGAUAUGUCCAUCGGACCGCCAGUUGCCUUAUGGUGUUGUUGGCCUAUCAUCACAAAUAUGCACUGAUGCUGAGACGCUGAGCCAUUAUGCAGUUAUUUGGAGAAAAUACAGUCCUUUUCAUGCAAACUACUCUUUCUCAUUAAGCAUCUAAUGAUGUAUAUUGUCACCGGGAUACUAUUUCACCUCUGUUUGACUUUGAAAUAAAUUAUGUGUGAAUAAGGUUGGUAAAUAUUAUUUUGACAUUGCUAUUACUAAGCCAUAACAUGGAUUUAGAUCAGUCCAACUCCCAGCUGAUCUUUUAUCGGCGUGUGGCUCUGUUACACGUGACAAGGAUGCGGCCGUUUUCUUGGGUUUCUUUUAUUCAGUGAGGAAACUUGAUCAGGGUGGUGUUUAAGUGAACAUAUCCAUAUUGCAUUCAAUUAAACACACUGUCUGUUUUUCUUAAUAUUUAACAUUGAUUGUCAGAAUCUGUGCAGGAUGUGAGCUGGAUUUAACUCACCUGCUGCGGAUGCGGAUCAGAGUGGACAGCACAUGCUGAGGGAGCAGGCAGCAGUGGUUGGAAAUUGGGCUGGAGUAGGAUUGACAAAAGAGUCCAACACAGGCCUCUUGUCAUAUGCAAUUGUACAUAAAACCAGUUUAAAAUCCCCUGUCAUUACAACCUAACUUCCUCUUUACAUGUAUUAAUGUAGAAUACACAUGUAAACCAUGUAUUAAGUGAAACUGAAACUACUCUACCUAAUGCAACCUGAAUACAGUAGCUGUGGGACAGAUGAUUCUUGGGAAGUGAAAACAGAGAAACCAGGUUAUAGGUCAUGAUAGACUAACAAUAACCUAAAGCAGAACAGUGACAUGUAACAAUUCUGAGAAAUGAUUCAACCAGUAGUUCACAUCUGGCCCAGCCUCAGUUCCCACCACCACCUCUUUAAUGAGAAAAUGUGGCUCAAGUUCCCAAAAAUGUUCAACCAAUUAAAUUUAUUCAGCGAAAAUGGUUUCAUGCUGCACGGUUGAUGAAGCAAAAUAGGGAAAAGCAACCAUGUUUAAAAAGUUUAAAAGGAGAUGUGUGUUUACAUAAUAUUUUACUGUUUUUUGCAGUGGUAAUACAAUUUUAUUUCCUAAGACUGGACGCUGGGUAAAAUGUAAAUAAAAACAAUGCAAUGAUUUGCAAACCUCAUAGACCCAUAUUUUAAUCACAACGGAACAUAAACAGCAUAUCAGAUGCAGAAAUUGAGACAUUUUACAGUUUCAUGAAAAAUAUUAGCUCAUUUUAAGUUUAAUGGCAGCAACACAUCUUAAAAAAGUAGGGACGAGGCUAUGCUAUAAACAUCUGGAAAGUGAGGAGACCAGUUGCUGGAUAUUUGGGAGAGGAGUUUUGUCCCAUUCUUGUCUGAUGUAGGAUUAUUGCUGCUCUACAUUCCUGGCUCUUCUUAAAGAUAUGAAAAAUCUUGUUUAAUGACGUGCCGAAUGUUUUCUGUUGGUGAGUUCAGUACCCAGAUUCUCCUACUGUGAAGCCAUGCUGUUGUGAUGGAUGCUGUAUGUGGUUUAGCAUUGUCUUGCUAAAUAGUCAAGGUCUUUGUUGUCUGGAUGAGAGCAGAUGUUGCUCUUAUCUACUUUUCAGCAUUGAUAAUGCCUUUCUAGAUGUGCAAGCUGCCCUUGCCAUACCAUCAGAGAUGCAGGCUUUUGAACUGUGCACUGAUUACAGGCUGGAUGGUACCUUUCAUUUAGUCUGCAAGAAACAGCUUACAUGAUUUCCAAAAAAGAAUCUCAAGAUUUGGAUUAAUCUAACCACAGAACAUUUAUCCAUUUUGCCUCAGUCCAUUUUCAAUGAGCUUUGGCCCUGAGAAGACAGUUGUGUUUCUGGAUUGUGUUCACAUAUGGCUUCUUCUUUGCAUGAUACAUCUGUGGAUGGCACAGCACAGUGUAUAUGGACAAUGAUUUCUGGAAGUGUUCCUGAGCCUAUGCGGUGAUUUUCAGUAGAGAACUAUGUAUGUUUUUAUUGCAGAGCAGCCUGAGGGCAUGAGCAUCCAAUAACCUUCAGCCAAAUUCAUUAUUAUGUAGUUGUCUCAGCCUAUAGUCUUAAGGCCAAUGGUGAUGGUGAAAUUUACUCUUCUUUGUGUUGUUGAUUUCAUUAAUGAUCCUUAUUCCUUAAAACGGCAGAAGUCCCGUGACGAUGAGCAAAUACCAAAGGCGUUUUUAGGUGAACUACAUAUGCAAGAUUUCCUUAUGUCUCUGUUUAUAAUGCAGGGCCAAUCUGGUGCUUUAAAAAUGUGGAGAAUGAACUAAGAGCAAACCCAUUUGCAAAAAAAAGGAGCAAUGACUUUCCUGUAUACUUGUCAAAAAAAGUCCAUAAUAUAGAUGGCUGUCAAAACUGAAGAUCCGAGGCACUCUGAUGUAAAUAAAAAUCCUUUAUUAAACAGGGAUUUACAUCCCUGGACUUUUUUUGACAACUAUACAGGCAAGUCAUUGCUCCACUUUUUUGCAAACGAUUUUCUCGUCCAUUUCCUGAAGAGCACCUGAUUCUCAUGACACAGCGUUGGAUACUUUGACCCCAUGUCGCACUCACCCACCCCCCUUUAUUCUAAGAGCAAACCCACUUUUCCGUGCACCACUACACUACUAGUUAGCACUGUUACCUCACAGAAAGAAGGCUCCUGGUUUGUUACAUGUUCUCUCCAUGCAUGCGUGGGUUCUCUAUGGGCACUCCAGCUUUCUCCCACAGACCAAAGAUAAGCCUAAUAGGUUAAUUGGUGUCUGUGAAUUGACUGUUGAUGUUAAUGUGAGUGUGCCUGGUUGUUUGUCUCUGCUGACUGCUGAACAGUCCAGAGUGUACCCCACCUCUUGCCCAAUGAGAACUGGGAUCAGAUCCAGCAUCCUGCGACCCUGAACAGGAUAAAGGUUGUGAAAAACUGAUGGAUGGAUUACUAGAUCUUGGAAAAAGAACCCUGAAAUUUACUGUGUGUCAUGGCAAGAUGGGGUAAAUGAAUUUUAUGGAUGCCUAGGGCCUCCAUACAUUAUAGAAUUUUUGCCACCAUGGCAUGCACAUGUUUGUGACCCACUGAAAACAGCUCCUUGGCCCACUUGUGGGUCUCAAACCGGCAGCUGAGUAGCACGGAUUUAUGCUACAACAAUGCCACAAUGAUAAACAGAUAUAUAUUUACUCUGGUGUCAACCUCAUGGUUAGCAAGUCACUUUAGGUAAGAAAAACUUGCAGUAUUUUUACACAAUUUGAAACCGUCACUUGUGCAUUUUGAAUUUGUGUCUUUCAGUGCUUUGCAUAGCUGCUUUGCAGCAUAUUGCAUGUAUGGAGGAAAUAUACAAAGAUUAAACUAGAUAUUUUAAUGGCAUUGCCUUCAUUGAAAAGAUUGCAUAUGCAUCAUUUUGCGACUUUUCUAACAGCCCUCUACCUACAAUUUGAGCAGGUUUGUCCAUAUCGCACAAGAUGUGACUGUCAGUUGAACGCAAGUAGGAUAAAAGGGAUUUCAUUUAACACUUUCUAAAAUAAAAUAUUGCUUAAAAAUAUUACUCUGGAAUGCCUUUUAUGAAAUAAGAUGUCAUUUUCUGUGCUGUGAGCCAUUGUCAUGUUUAUGAUUUAUCUUGAUGGAUGAAAGUUUUAUCAACAGGUAAAUAAAC